AUGAUCGACCAGAGGGUUGCAUAUGGGUUCCACUCCACCUACGACCACACCGUCUUCUUGCGUCAAGUCCAGGUUAAUGGCACAUGGAGAGUGGGGUGCUCACACAUUAUCGACAACAACAGGACCACUGGAGUUUCAGUCAAGCAAUGUUUCUGGUACUUAGCAUUGCUGGCAGCUGCAGGGCAGCCUGUCCAAAACCCCAAUGCAAAGUCUCGGUUGAUCUCACAUCUCCGACGUCCUCAUUUGUGCGUAGGUCUUACAUCGUAA